AUGACAGGUUGUAAGGCGGCAGAUACGCCAAUCAAACCUAAUGUAAAGUUGAAAACAGCAGCAGCUAAUGAGGUAAUGGACAAAGAACGUUAUCAAAGAUUGGUAAGGCGACUAAUCUAUUUGGCUCACACUCGACCUGACAUAGCUUUUGCAGUGAGUGUUGUGAGUCAAUUCAUUCAUUCACCUGGACCUACUCAUUUUGAAGUCGUAUUCAAAAUUUUGAGAUACCUCAAAAGAACUCUUGGGAAAGGACUUUUGUUCAAAAAAGGAGAAUAUCUUCUGAUAGAGGCCUACACAGAUGCAGAUUGGGCAGGAAAUGUAAAUGAUAGAAGAUCCACCUCUGGUUAUUGUACCUUUGUAGGCGGAAAUCUGGUUACUUGGAAAAGUAAAAAACAAAGUGUGGUGGCAAGGAGUAGUGCUGAAGCAGAAUUCCGAUAUGUGGCACAUGGAUUCUGUGAAGUGUUAUGGAUAAAAAAGACUCCUAGAAGAAUUGAAGAUUUCUAUACCAGCAUCUAUUAA